UCCAUUAUUAAUAAAUUUUAUAAAACAGUGUUUCACAUAAUUACCAUACCGCGAUGGUUGUUUUAAGUGUUUCGAAUCUCGUGUUGCAUUUUCGUAUUUUGUUGAACGAAAUCUUUAUCACAAAAUCAUUACAAGGAGAUAUUGCAAAACGAAAUCUACAUUAUACGGAGGAAAAAUAACGGACAAAUCGAUCAGAUGAUAACGUAAAUUGAACAAAUGAAAUUUGUAUCGCAAUGAAUUUUCCUACGCUCUUAUACAUACUAUUGAUACACAUGUUUAUAUUUUGUCUGAACACGAAUUACUCGAAUGCAAAAUCAGCUACGGAAAAGUGGAAAGUAUUUUCAUAUGACAACGCCAGAGAGUUUAAUCACUUGGCGGUAGAUGAAUAUGGAAGAUGGGUAUAUAUAGGCGGAGAAAAGCGCAUUUAUCAAUUAUCAACGGAUCUCGAACUGCAAAUUAAUUACACUAUAUCAGAACUCAGUCCUUCAGAUUGUACAGCUCCCAACUGUCCACAUAAAUUGAAACAAACAACAACGUUUUAUAAUAACAAAGUGCUAGUAUUGGACUAUCAGAAUAAGCAACUGAUUUCGUGUGGUACUUUUUUCUGGGGCAUCUGUCAUGCUCACGAUAUGAGUAAUAUUUCGAAAAUCUGUAAAAGUAUGUUUGAACCUAUACCCGACGGGUUAGGAAAAUAUUAUUGGGAUAGUAGAGCUUUCAUAGCUCCCAUUUUACUAAAGAAUUCAUCAACACCACAAUCGACACUGUAUGUUGGUCGCAAAAUGGACUAUACUGAUUCCAGCUCAAUACGAACAAUCACUAUCAAAAAUCUAGAACGAGAACAUUUUUCAUCAGCUCUUACACAAAAUACUGCCUUUCGCUUUACGAUAAAAGAGUGUCCCUUGAAUAUCUACGAUUUUUUAGUUUAUUAUGGUUUCAGUAUCCAAAAUAUCGGCUAUUUUGUCACCAAGAACUAUUUGUAUGAGUUGAAUAAUCGGGUAGAUGAGUAUCCAAUAGACAAUUCGUGCAAAAAAAUUCGCAUAAUGUGUAAUUCAGGUCCAAAUGGGACAAUUAUUACAACACCAAUCAGAUAUGUCUAUAUCCAAAAGCGAAAUCCACAUUCUGGUUCAAAAACAGAUUCCCAUGAAAUGGAAGAAAAAAUCAUGUUCACACUACAAGAAGAUUAUACGGUGAUAGGAACCUUCCUACUAUGUAGGUAUCAAAUAAAUAAAUUACAUUCCCUGUUUCAAAAGGAUCAAACGCUGGUCGGAGACCUGGUAUAUUCGCAUCCACCUGGUACAGCAUCGGUGGAAGCAAUGGCGGUUACCUCAAUUAACAAUCACACAAUCUUGUUUCUUAGUAUGUAUGACGGCCGUUUACAGAAAAUAUCAAUAAAAGGAAUUGAUUCGCCCGAUUUGUCCACUGGAAAUAAGUAUGCAGAAAUAAUGAUUGAGUCGCUAAUAAACCCAUCAUAUUCAGAAACAAUGCAGUUUGAUUCUACAAUGAACUAUCUAUAUGUGAUGACCAAAAAUAUACUCAUCAAAGUCAAAAUACAUAGUUGCGACGAAUAUAACACAUCGCAUGCAUGCUGGGUGAUAAAAGAUCCCUAUUGUGGAUGGUGCUAUUCUAGUAAUAGAUGUUGCUUAAAGUCAGAGUGUGAUGUUACACAAAAUUGUAUCAACUGGGUUUCGUUUGAUGAACACAUAGACGCAUCUUCAUGUCCAGUAGACAAAUUCUCAAGAACAGCGCAAUGGAAUGUAACGUUCGAAUCAAUAACUCCGCAUCCGUUCAUCAACCAUACAACAAUAUGUCUAUUCGAAUUUGGCAAUUUUUCGAUCAACACAACAACCACGAGCAAUAAAACUAGUAUUUAUUGUGUAACACCAGCUCCUAAUCAUUUGCCUCCAACACCCAGCAAUAAUCAUUCCAUAGAAGCGCAGCUAUCAGUCCAGAUAAACCAUGGCCCAGUAUUUCAAAAAAUUCACGUAAUAUUUUACGAUUGCAGUUCGUAUGAAUCUUGCUUAUCAUGCAUGACUUCUGAUUAUCCAUGCUAUUGGUAUGUGAAUGAAUCAAGGUGCACAGAUAAUGCAAUUUGGAAAGAGGAUAAUAUAGUAAUCGGUAUGAAUCUUAGCAGCACCAAUUUCCCUCGACGGGAUAGUACAACAUCGUACGAUGGAUUUAAAUACUCGAAAAACUCGAUGUUUUGCCCACAGUUUUUCACUGAAUACAAAACAGACAUUUACAUACCUGCCCAUACAGAAAAGACACGACAAAUACCAGUACAUUAUAAGAUCCCAAUGUUAUUAAAUGAUGAUAGAUUUACGUGUAAAUUUGUAUUCGAUCCUAAUUCUAAAAAAGAGAAGACACAAUUUGCUCAUCAUCUAAAAAGUAGUUAUCCUACAGGGAACGCUUUGAAAGAGGGAGAAUUAGAAUGUAAUGAUGAGAUAUUUGCAUUCAAUGAAUCGAAACCUUUCAUAACAGUCAAAUUGUCUGUUUUACAGAACGGAUUAAUACCACUUGAUAACACGUACAACUCACAUAUUAUCGUGUAUAAAUGCGCCAACAUGGGCGAUCAAUGCACAGCAUGUCUAAAUAAGAACUACUCGUGUAUGUGGAAUUCAGAAACUGGAGAAUGUAUAUACCACAGAUCAGAUGAUGAAUCCACCAUGACUGAUCUCUGGUUGCACGAUAUACAGAAAUGUUCAAAUUCAAACCAAUCAACAAAUUGGAUAACAAAAAACAUCUAUGUAAUAAUAACCGUAAUUUCAGUAACAUUUAUUGUAGUCGUGGUAUACGUUGUUUAUAGAAAAUCUGCAGUAAGAUCUCAGCAAAUGCAACAGCAAAUGAAUAAAAUGGGUUUGCAAAUGAUAGCUAUGUCGCAAUGCGUGAAACGCGUAGUGAUUGAAAACGAAAUCGAGCUGGACGAAAAUGAAUUAGACAUACUGAAACUACCAAACGUCAGCAUUGUAUACGAACCUUAUCCAACAUCGGAAGAAAAUGAACUGGCACCGAGGACUGAAUAUGAAUUACCGCCGGAUGAAAAGUGGGAAAUUCCUCGAAAAAACGUUGUUCUGGGCGAAUUUCUAGGCGAAGGAGAGUUUGGGAGAGUUGUCAAAGGAAGUGUUUCAGGUCACUCACAGCAACAUAACGUCACAACAGUAGCAGUGAAAAUGUUGAAAAAUGGCCACACUGACGUAGAUAUGGUAAAUUUAGUCAGAGAAAUGGAACUGAUGAAACUAAUCGGCAGACAUGACCAUGUACUUAGUCUACUCGGAUGUUGUACACAAGAUGGGCCACUGCUCGUCAUCAUCGAAUACUCUCCUCAUGGAAAUUUACUCGAUUUUCUCAGAAACCACUACCAACCUUCAAAAUCCAGCGAAAAUGACUUGUCCGAAAAAGUUCAGCUUACAUUUGCUCUACAAAUAGCCAGAGGCAUGGAAUACUUGGCUUCUAUAAAAUUAAUUCACCGAGACCUCGCUGCUCGAAACAUCCUGAUGUUUGACGAAUAUGUGGUGAAAAUAGCUGAUUUCGGAUUAGCCAAAGAUAUUCGAAAUGCUGACUACUAUAGACAAAAGACCAAAGGUAGAUUACCAGUGAAAUGGAUGGCACCUGAAACCUUAACGCACCGACGUAAUUCCCCACAAUCUGAUGUGUGGUCGUAUGGCAUAUUACUGUGGGAGAUUGUCACCUUUGGCGAAGUUCCUUAUGCUACAUACGACGAUGCAGCGAAACUUCUAAAAGACAUUCGAUCAGGAUACCGUAUGAAAAAACCAGAAGAUUGCUCAAUGGACACGUACUGCCUAAUGGUGAAAUGCUGGAACCAUUUGCCAGAAAAUCGGCCAGACUUUACAAAAAUCAUUCAUGAUUUAGAGGGCAUACUAAAAAAGAUUGGUGCAGUAAUUGAAGAAUCGGAUUCGGAUUGCUCAAAGCAUUAGCUCAGAAUCCAGCCACAAGCCAAAUGAAACGAAUAGUUCACUCUAAGAAACAUCUCGAAAAUAUGACAAGCAGACGGCAUUUCUUUUUCCGCAAACAUUUGAGCAUUUUUUAUGUGAAUGAACUUAGGCUAGAUUAAUUUUAACCAAAAAUGUACAUACCUAAUACUCGUAUUUUGUAAAUUUAAUAAAAUGUUCCCCUAUACUUACGUGGCAUAUGUAGACGUACUGAAUACCUAUUGCAACGAAGCAAAAGGUAUUAAAUUCAAAGUAUUCCAUAAUUUU